AAGAGACGCAGGACAAAGAGAAAUGGGAUUUCAGAAAUUUCUCAAAUCCAUUCCAAAAUCAACCGCCUCUGAUCGAACUUCACUGCUACCUCUUGCGGUGAGAACAAUAGAUUCUUCAUUGUGCACUACCAACAAUGUCACCCCUGUUGCCCAAAACCAACUGAAUGAACUCAUGGAAACCCACCUUAAACCGUCUUUCACAGCCAAAGAUUUUCUUUCUUUUCUCAAAAACCGCAUCCAUUACCACCCUAUCCUCACUAACCUUGACUUCUACCUCUUCAACUAUGCUGCUUCCGUUGACUCGUUCCGCCAUGAUCACACCACUUAUGAGUGGAUGGCCCGCACGCUUGCCACCACCCACCGCCUCCAAUAUCUUACUACUCUCCUCCAAUUUAUUUCCUCUAACCCCUGCCCAUGUGCUGAUGGUAUUUUCUCUUGCCCCAAAACUGAACCUAUUUACCGUUUUGCCAUUAAUGCUUAUUGCAAAGCUGGUAGAUUUGAUGAUGCGUUGUUAGCUUUUGAUACGAUGAGGAGAUUGAUUGACGGGAAGCCUGAUGUUGCUGUUUGCAAUAUAAUAAUUCAUGGAUUUGUGAAGUUUAAGCAUUUUGAUAAGGCUUUGGAGUUUUACCGUAGGAUGAUUGGAGAACGAGUAAAGCCUGAUGUGAUUACGUUCAAUACUUUGAUUUCUGGGUACUGUAAGAACUCACAAUUGGGUUUGGCUCUGCAAAUGUUUAAGGAGAUGAAAACUCAUGGAUGUGCUCCAAAUGUAGUUAGUUUUAAUACUUUAAUCAAAUGGUUUCUAUUGGAUAGCAAGAUUGAGGAGGGGAUCGGGAUGGCCUAUGAGAUGACUGAGAUGGGAUGGGAGAUUUCGUCGGUGACUUGUGAGAUUUUGGUUGAUGGGCUUUGCAGGAAGGGAAUGGUGUUAAAAGCGUGCGAUUUAUUGGUAGACUUUUCAAGGAAAAAGGUGUUGCCAAGAACAUUUGAUUAUUUUGAGUUAGUUGAGAGGCUUUGUAGUGAAGGAAACGUGGCAAGAGCAAUGGAAUUGGUGAAUGAGUUAUGGAGGAACGGGGAUUCUCCAAGCUUAAUCGCUUGUACAACCUUGAUUGAAGGUCUAAGGAGAAUGAGAAAGAUUGACGAAGCAUCUGAAAUUAUGGACAAAAUGCUGCAGGAAAGUAUGGUUCCGGAUAGUGUAACGUUUAAUUGUCUACUUACUGACAUGUGCAAUACAGGAAGAGCGAAGGAAGCAAAUAAGAUGAGGUUAUUGGGUUUAAACAAGGGCUUGGAUCCUGAUACUGUAACGUAUAAUAUUUUGAUAUCAGGUUUUAAGAGGGAGGGUAAAAAGAAGGAAUCAGAAGCUCUGGUGGAAGAGAUGUUGGAUUUGGGGUUUAUACCUGAUAUUGCUACUUAUAACAGGUUGAUUGAUGGACAAGCUAAAUCAAAAAGUUAACUUUCUUUGCACCUGCUAUCUUCGAGUCGAUGAAAACUUAUAUGGUUGCGAUUUAUCGAUCCAUGUGGGACAUGAAGACAGGCAUGUUAGGAAGUACCAAUGGAGAAAGUCAAUGAUUUUCUUUCCCUUUUACUUCCAAUCAUCUACAAAGAAGAUUGCUGAGUUAUGAAUCGUCUACUUUUUUGAGAGAGUCAACUGAAGAACAGCUUGGAGUUCUCAUGGCUUGUGUGGUACAAAAAUUUUGUCAUUGUUGACUCUUCUAAUUCUGCGUUGCAACAGAUCAUAGCAGAUAUGCUGCUUAUUUCUUAACUACCAUGGAGUACAGUGGACUCUGCCGCACACAUUGAAGGAAGCUCUGCUGGGACGGACAAAGAAACAACUCAAGAGAAUGUGGAGAAAAAUAUUGAUGUGUAUCCCAUGAGCAGUUUGUCCUGGGAGAAAACACAUGUUUUGACACUAUGUUGCUCGGGUUCUUAGAAAAGACCGUCAGGUAUGUGUUGGAUCCUCCAAAAGUUAUCCAUCCUUGGAGGAUCCGACAUGGGUAUGGUAGCCUUUUUGGUGGAUCCGAGAAUUCUUUUUCUGGAAUAACCUAUUAGCCAUAUGAUGUAUCCAGUAGGCUCUGUACAUGCUAAUGUUUAUAAGCUGAUUUAUUGUCAGAGAGGAGGGAAAAUGUAAUUCGAAAUAUUGCUACAUUAAAUGAAGGGAGAACACAAGGAAAAUUGUCUAUGUUAUUGAACCAAGA